AUGGCCACUGAAACUGCCGUUUACACACCAAUCGACUACGCUCCUGCAAGAGUACAGGAUGACGAUGAGGUGUCGAUCGCAACCACUGCCCUAGCUAGUGAGGCUGGAACUACAUUGGAAGCUCCAAGGGAUGCUUUCUUACGCAGUGUCACCUUCAUUAUUGAUGAAAACACUGAAUGGGGCGUCACGCUUAAGGAUCCUCCACAGAAAACAAAGGGCAGCCGGAAGCCCAGAAUUGAAAGCAUGUCAGGAGUUAUCGCUGAAUCCAAACUACAAGUUGGUGAUAGGAUAAAAUCCGUGAAUGGAAGAAAGAUUGGGUUUUCUUAUAAUGCCUCGCGAGCCAUGAAACUCAUCGAAAGCAGCGCAGAACGUGAUGGUCGGCUCUGUCUCGAAGUUGGAAAUGAGUCCGGUGAGGAUAUUUUGGUUCAGGCAACUUUGAUCAAGCCAAGACCAGAAAUGACUUGUGCAGAAUUGGGACUCACUGCUUGGCUUUGGGGAUCACUUUGCAUCCAUAAAAUUGAAAAGGAAAGCCUUUUUUCUAGCACCGUUUUGAAAGAAGCUGACGAAAUCGUGUCAGUGAAUGACAUUGUUUGCUGGGGAAGCAAAGUUAACCCAGAAGCCUUCCACAGCAUUAUUGAUCAACUCCCUCGUGAAGUCACGGUUAUUGUGAGGCGUGGGAAGCAACGGUGGACUGGAAAGUUUGGAUAG